AUGAGUUUUGACGCUGUUCAUCCCGCCGCUGGUGAGGAACAGGGACUCCACGAGCCGCGAUACGUCGAGUUCCCGGUUGCCCCUGAUGACGCCACUUGGGAAGAUGGCAAGCCCGUUCUCAACAAGUAUUCUACAUUUCUUACCCGCGAACAUGACUUUCCUGGUGCCAAGGCUAUGCUUUACGCAGCUGGUGUCCCGAACGAGGAGGUGAUGCAACGGAGUCCCCAAGUUGGUGUUGCCUCUGUAUGGUGGGAGGGUAAUCCGUGCAAGUUAAUAGUUCUUGAUUUGGGAAAAACGGUCAAGGAGGCUGUGCAGAAGAAAGGCUUCAUCGCUUGGCAGUACAGCACUCUGGGCGUUUCUGACGGCAUUGCCCAAGGCAACGAAGGCAUGCGGUUCUCGCUUCAAUCUCGUGAGCUCAUUGCAGACAACAUCGAGACCAUCACCUGCGCUCAAGCUCACGAUGCAACGGUUGCCAUACCCGGAUGCGAUAAGAACAUGCCGGGCUGCGUCAUGGCCGUGGCCAGGCAUAACCGCCCCUCCGUAAUCGUAUACGGAGGAACAGUUCAGGGAGGCUAUUGUGAAGUCCUGAAGAAACCCAUCGACAUCGUCACGUGUUACGAGGCUCAAGGCGCCUACCUUUUCGGAACGCUAGGAUCCUGGUCCGAAGACAAGUCUGUGACACCCGAGCAGAUUCUUUCCAGUAUCGAGAAAGGGGCUGUCCCGGGCCCUGGCGCUUGCGGUGGUAUGUACACGGCGAACAGCUUGGCUACCAUCAUCGAGACCCUUGGCUUGUCUGUCCCGGGUUCAUCAAGUACUCCGGCUGCCUCGCCGACAAAGAUGAGAGAAGCAGAGAAGGUUGCAGAUGCCAUUGAAGUCUGCAUGCGUCGAAACAUCCGUCCCAGAGACAUUCUCACCAAAGAGUCAUUUGAGAAUGCGCUUGUCAUCACCAUGGCGCUCGGUGGCUCUACCAACUCCGUGCUUCACACUCUUGCCAUGGCCAGAGCAGCCCAAGUCCCGCUUGAACUUGAAGACUUCCAGCGCGUAUCACGCAAGACCCCCUUUAUUGCAAACCUGAAACCCAGCGGAAAGUAUGUCAUUGAGGACCUGUUCCACAUCGGUGGAGUGCCCUCUGUCACCAAGCUUCUCAUCGCUGGAGGGCUCUUGAACGGAAAGACGCUCACAGUAACUGGCAAAACUCUCGAAGAGAACGUUGCAUCUUGGCCAUCGCUACCUUUGGAACAGGACAUCAUCAGACCUUUGUCCAACCCUAUCAAGCCAGCUGGACACUUGGUCGUCCUUCAUGGAAACAUCGCACCAGGCGGAGCCGUCGCCAAAAUCACCGGCAAGGAAGGCCUUCGAUUCCAGGGUGAGGCGCGUGUUUUCAAUAAGGAAUCCGAGCUUGUACAUGAACUCAACGCUGGAAAUAUUCCAAGGGACAAGAACAUUGUACUGGUUGUUCGGUACGAAGGCCCCAAGGGCGGUCCGGGCAUGCCGGAGCAACUCAAAGCCUCAGCGACUUUGAUUGGUGCCAACCUCAAAAACGUUGCCCUCAUCACUGACGGGCGUUACUCUGGCGCCAGUCAUGGAUUCAUCGUGGGCCACAUUGUCCCAGAGGCAGCUGUUGGAGGACCGAUAGCUAUCAUCAACGACGGAGACGUUAUCACUAUCGACGCUGAGGCGUGUACUAUCAGCAUGAACGUGGGAGACGAGGCUAUCAAAGAGAGAUUGCUGGCGUGGAAAGCACCUAAACCCACUGUCACUAGAGGUACUCUAGCCAAGUACGCGCACUUGGUUGCUAGCGCCUCAGACGGUGCAGUGACGGACCUUUUUUAA